AGUGAGGUUAUGUUUCCAGUUGACAGAUGGAUGCAAAACGUUUGACAUAAACUUUGUUAGCAUACACAACAACCAAUUCGAAUGAGACUUUUAUCAAUUUGCUGAAGUGCAGUCAAUGGUAGUUUUUAUGCGUCUCAAGUGAGUGAACUGCAACGAUGAAUAAACCAAAGAUUACAUUUGGAAAAAUUCAAUUGGCCGUUAAAAAGACGGAAAAAAUUGAUGCGGAUAAAGAAGAAAAUCAAGACGAUGCCGCUACAUCAACGUCAGGUUUUGGUACAUUUGGAAAAAGUGAAAAGGAAAAGAACUCAUUGAACAUUGCCAUCGAGGAAUUGGCAGAAGAUUUGGAGAGCCAACGCGUCAAAGAAAUUAUGGGCAUUACAGAAUUUGGACGGAAAGCAAAGACUUUUGAUAUUACGAGUGAAAUAGCAAAAGCGCGUGAAAAAUCAACAGUAAGCACCAAAUUACCUCCAAAUACCGAAGAAAAGACUGAUGAAGAUGAGUCUGACAGUGACAGCGAUGACGAAGAAAAGGAUGACGUUGUUGGACCAUUGCCGGCAAAAGAUCCCGAGGCCUCCUCGGGCCAUGGUUCGAAAGUGACAAAGAAAAAAGAUGACAAUGAGUCGGCAGAUAGUUAUGAUGACUUAAGUGAUUCGGAAGAUGAUGAUGAAUCGAAUGUGGGUCUGGCAAACAGAAUUCCAGCAUCACAUGAAGUGCAAAUGGUUCAUGGCACUCGUUCGAUUUUGGCAUUGGCCAGUGAUCCAUCGGGUGCCCGUUUGGCUUCUGGAUCCAUAGAUUCCAGUCUUUGCUUCUGGAAUUUUGCUGGUAUGGAUACGUCAAUGCGAAGUUUUCGUACGUUAAAUCCUGCCGAAAACUAUCCAAUUCGUAGUUUGUGCUACAGUGUUACCGGCGAUAUGAUAAUGAUCGUAUCGGGAAAUUCACAGGCAAAAGUUUUGGAUCGUGAUGGUUUUGAGAAAUUGGAAUGCGUAAAAGGUGAUCAAUACAUUGCGGAUAUGUCACGUACAAAAGGUCAUACAGCCCAAUUAAUGUCAGGCACAUGGCAUCCCCAUCAUAAAGGUGAAUUUUUAACCAGUGCCAUGGAUUCAACGCUUCGCCUUUGGGAUGUGACAAAUAAAAAUCAUCAUAAAAUAAUAAUAAAGGUGCGAGGACAAGGUGGUUUAAAAACUGUUCCAAAUGCAUGUGCAUUUACACCGGAUGCAACGCUCGUUGGUACGGGUUGUGUUGAUGGUUCAAUUCAAAUGUGGGACACACGCAAAACAUUUGUGAGUACAACACAUUGCAUACGACAAGCGCAUCAAAAGGGGAGCGAAAUCACAUCGAUUCAAUUUUCAUAUGCGGGCAAUAAAUUACUAUCAAGAUCACUUGAUGAAACCAUGAAAAUUUGGGAUAUGCGUGCAUUGAAAGAGCCAUUGCAUAUAUUUAACGAUUUAUACGCACGAUACGAUACAUCCGAUUGCUUAUUUAGUCCAGACGAUCGUCUUGUUGUCACAAAUCAAUGUCAACCACGUGAGUACAGUGCAGAUAAUCAGUCACAGUUGGUAUUUUAUAAUGCAAACACAUUUGAAUUGGUGAAUAAAAUUGGUGUGGCUGAAGCACACAUUAUAAAAACAUUGUGGCAUCCGAAAUUGAAUCAAAUAUUUGUCGGCUGUGGUGAUGGUACAGUUAAAUGCUAUUAUGAUGAUAAACGUAGUUUCCGUGGUGCAAAACUUUGUGUUACAAAAACCUAUCGCAAGAAAAAACAUGCAGAAAUCGGAGGAUUAUCACAAGUUAUUACGCCACAUGCGUUGCCGAUGUUUAGACAAGAGAAAUCACGAUCAUCACGAAAGAAAAUGGAAAAAGACCGAUUGGAUCCGGUUAAAUCACGACGACCAGAUUUACCAAUUACAAGCGGACAAGGCGGUCGAGUCGCUUCAUCUGGUGGAACGCUCAGUUCGUAUGUCAUACGAAAUUUGGGUUUGAGUAAACGUGUUGAAGAUGAUCAAGAUCCUCGAGAAGCUAUUUUGAAAUAUGCAAAAGAAGCCGAAGAAGAUCCAUAUUGGAUUGCGCCAGCAUAUAAAAAAACACAACCGAAACCCAUUUACACUAAUAACGCAGAAGGUGAACCAGAUGCGAAAAAGCCGAAACAAUCAUAAAUACUACAGUUCAACUUAAAAAGGAUAUCUUAUUUAAAUCUUGAUCAUAAGUUUUCUAUCCAUGUUCUGUAUCAUUUGCUCAAUUCAUAGAGCUAAAAGAAUUUAUUUUCUUUCAAUUGGCAAAAAAAUCACGUUUUUUUUUUGCUUCUUGUCAAUGUUUAAGUGAUUUUUGAGAUAAAUAUAUUGAAAAAUUGACAUACAAAA